AGAAAUCGAAAUGUUCCAAAACAGAACAUGUUGAAAACCUAGAAAAAACUAGCCUAGAGGAAACAUGACGUUGAAAUCACUGUAUCAGUUGGCUCGAAGUGGAGAUGUUGGAGGGAUAGAAGAUGUUCUUCAAUCCCAGGAUACUGUCAAACUAGAUACACUAGAUGAAAAUAAGGUAUCUGCUCUGCACUAUGCUGCUCGCUACAGUCAUAUUGAUGUUAUGCAUGUUCUCGUUCAAAACGGAGCUGAUGUUAACAUCCAGGGUGAUGAUGGACUUACUCCUCUCCACUAUGCUGCCAGGUUUAAGAUACCAAAGUCUGAAAAAACACCUGCCCUGGUUUCCACCUAUCUCACUGAUUCUUCAAUUAAGGAAGUUUUAGGAAUAGAUAUGGGUGUGUCCUACAAGAAUGAAGUUAAAAAUAAAACUGAAACCGUGUCGGAGAAAAAUCAGAAAUCAGCUGAUCCAGUGAUAAGAUAUCUAUUGGAAUCUGGAGCUAGAGUUAAUGAAAAAGAUAACUAUGGUCUCACACCUCUACAUUAUGCAUGCAUGAGAGGGAAUAUCGAGGCUACGGAGGAGCUGAUUUUGAGCCCUGCCAUUAAUAUCGAAGCUACUGAUGAACAAGCUCUCACGCCUCUUCAUCUUGCUUGUACAUAUGGACAACAGGAGUGCGCACGUUUGUUGUUACAAGCUGGAGCAAAUAUUAUCAGUUGCGAUGAAAGGAAAAGUACUGCACUACAUAAGGCAUGUGCUCAUGAUAUACCAGAGUUGGUUAGUUUACUGUUGAAAUCAUUGGAAGCAUUGGUUGGAGUGGAUGGGGUGGAUGAAAUUCUCUCCUAUACAGAUAUAAACCAGCAAACCCCUCUCCAAGUUGCAGUAGAAGCUGGGAACAUAGAGAACGUCAAGAUCCUUCUUGAAAAUGGUGCUGAAGCAAGUGUGCACAAUGAGGAGCACAUGUAUGCUCUCCACCUAGCAUGUACUGUUGGGAGCCUAGAUAUUGUAAAGAUUUUACUGAAAAACGAAGCUGACAUUCAAAGCAGGAAUAGGAAGAAUCAAACUGCAUUGCACGUAGCAAGUGCUCACAAUAACCCUGCUAUCAUCGCAUACCUUAUAGGAAAAGGAGCAGAAAUAGACGUCAGAGAUGAAAGCAAUAAUACCCCUCUUCUCCUGGCAGCGAGGAAAGGUCACCCAGACGCUGUAAAGGUUCUUGUCAAUUAUGGAGCAAGUCUAACUCUUGUGGAUAAAGAAGAUCGAAGCUGCUUCUAUCUUGCAGUUGAACAAAAUCAUCCAGAUGUCGUAAACUUGCUUUUGGAGUACAAUGAUGUUCAGCAGUUGAUGGGACUCUGUGACAGAUGGGACAAUACUCCUUUACAUGUUGCUUGUAUUAAGGGUUUUUACGAGAUUGCAAUAAUACUUAUAGAAGCAGGGGCUGAUAUAUCUGCUAAGAAUGAAGAUGAGCAAACACCACUAUUGGUUUCGGCCAUUCAUGGAAGAAAUAGGCUAGUCACCAAGUUACUAGGGUUAAAUAAGUUUGCUGUUAAUGAUGAAGAUUGCCAAUCUAAUACAGCGUUACAUCUUGCCUGUAUUCAUGGACAUUAUGAAAUAGUUUCAACAUUAAUAUCUGGAGAUGCCAAUAUUGUUGCAAGGAAUUAUCAUCUUUGGACACCACUAGACUGUGCUGCAGCAAGCGGAUGGGUCAAGUGUGCCAAACUUCUUAUCAAUGCCCGAGCUCCAGUUGAUCCAAUGGAUAAGAAGAAGACAACCCCUCUACAUUUAUCCGCCAAAUUUGGGCAUGCCGAGGUCACAGAACUCCUAUUGGAGCACGGGGCAUCAGUUCAAAUAAGAGAUAUAACCGGUAGAAAUGGUCUAGACGUAGCAAUCCAAUAUGACAACAGAAAUGUAGUUGUAGUUAUACUGGAGAGUAAUCAAUGGGAGAGUGCUCUAAGAAAUGAGUACUGCACAAAUGCAGAUGUACGGGAAACACCUCUGAGGCUAUUAAUUAAAAAGUACCCAGACUUAGCCAAGCUUGUGUUUGAUAAGUGUGUCACAACAAACCAGCAUAAUUCAAAGCUUACUCAGAACACAAAAACUGUUUCUGCAGUUGAUAAAAAACUAGAGGUUGUGAUGAAUUAUGAGUUCUUAGAUGAUACAUAUUCAGUUUAUCAUCUUAACCAGCAUGAAUCACAAGAUGAAACACAUACAGCACAUUUCAAGAUUAUAGUCUAA